UUUGACGCCCGUUGGUUCAUUUCUUCGUCGUCUCCGACACCGCGAUCUCGCCGCACCACCGUCUUUUCUCGGAUCGCCGCUCACCUUUUUGUCGCCGGGUUGGAUUUUUCGGAGGUGGUGUCGAUCUGUGUUCCGAUCCGCCUGGAUCAAAGAUGCCGGUGGCUGCUUCCGCCAUCUACUUUCUCAAUCUCCGUGGCGAUGUUCUCAUCAAUCGCCUCUACCGCGAUGACGUUGGGGGAAAUAUGGUGGAUGCAUUUCGGACUCAUAUAAUGCAGACAAAGGAGUUAGGUAAUUGCCCUGUUCGACAGAUUGGCGGUUGCUCUUUUCUCUAUAUGCGAAUCAGCAAUGUCUACAUUGUAAUUGUCGUCAGCAGCAAUGCUAACGUUGCUUGUGCCUUCAAAUUCGUCGUCGAGGCUGUUGCUUUGUUCAAAUCAUACUUUGGUGGAGCUUUUGACGAAGAUGCUAUUCGAAAUAACUUUGUCCUAAUUUAUGAAUUGUUGGAUGAAAUUAUGGACUUUGGCUAUCCACAAAAUCUCUCCCCUGAAAUUUUGAAACUUUAUAUUACUCAAGAAGGUGUGCGGUCGCCAUUUUCAUCGAAGCCUACAGACAAGCCUGUUCCAAAUGCAACAUUACAAGUUACAGGUGCUGUUGGUUGGCGAAGAGAGGGCCUUGUUUAUAAAAAGAAUGAGGUUUUCCUGGACAUUGUGGAAAGUGUGAACCUUCUAAUGUCCUCUAAAGGCAACGUUCUUCGGUGUGAUGUUACUGGGAAGGUUCUAAUGAAGUGCUUUCUUUCUGGGAUGCCUGAUCUGAAGUUGGGGUUGAAUGAUAAAAUUGGCCUCGAGAAAGAAUCACAAAUGAAAUCUCGUCCAGCUAAGAGUGGUAAAACUAUUGAGCUGGAUGAUGUUACAUUUCACCAAUGCGUCAAUCUGACAAGAUUUAACUCAGAGAAGACUGUUAGUUUUGUGCCACCAGAUGGUGAAUUUGAGCUAAUGAAGUAUCGUAUAACAGAAGGCGUUAAUCUUCCUUUCCGUGUAUUACCAACAAUCAAGGAACUUGGUCGUACACGCAUGGAAGUAAAUGUCAAGGUCAAAAGUGUCUUUGGUGCUAAAAUGUUCGCUCUUGGGGUUGUAGUCAAAAUUCCAGUGCCAAAACAAACGGCAAAAACAAAUUUCCAAGUGACAUCCGGACGUGCUAAGUACAAUCCAGCUAUCGAUUGCUUGGUCUGGAAGAUAAGAAAAUUUCCAGGACAAACAGAGGCCACUCUAAGCACGGAAGUUGAGUUGAUCUCAACAAUGACAGAAAAGAAAUCUUGGACGAGACCACCAAUUCAGAUGGAAUUCCAGGUGCCCAUGUUCACAGCUUCUGGUUUGCGAGUCCGUUUUCUCAAGGUGUGGGAGAAGAGUGGAUACAACACGGUUGAGUGGGUUCGUUACAUAACGAAAGCGGGUUCAUAUGAAAUCAGGUGCUGAUCUCCAUAGCUCCAUCACAUGACCGGUACGCCGUGGGUCACAAUUUCUUGGUUUCUUUGCUUCUGGAACGCCUUCAAACUUUUUUCCCUUUCCAUCUGCCCUUGGGGUGCUAUUUGUUUGUUAGUGGAGAGACCUAUGUGUUAAUAUGAAUUAUAUAUGUAUAAUGUUUUUUUAAUUAAAUUUGAGUUUGCGUUUGUAAUGACGUGAUAUGUUCUUAUCGAUCAUAUGCUCCCUUUUUUCA